AGCCAAUAAAAAAAUAUUUGAAAAAUAUUUAGUGACAGACUGCUCUGCUGCAUCGUACCGCAUGAAAUCCCACACUCUUCAUCUCUGUAACUGAAAACAAACCGUCCAAUGAGCAGCAUUCUAGUUGGAGGGUACAGCUUCCUGAGAACGGGUCUGACCCAUCAGUACCUGUACCGAAACCCAAGACCCAGACUCAGAAUUCUCAGACUGAUACUCAGAGCUUCCAUGGCUGAUGAUGAUAAACAAAGACCUGAAACAGAAAAUGGAGUGGUUCGCUUUCCUCUCUCUCCCUCUUACAGUAUCGUCAUCCAGAGAGGAGAUAUCACCAAGUGGUUCGUCCAUGGCUCCACAGACGCCAUUGUUAAUGCAGCAGAAGAGCGAAUGCUUGGAGGUGGUGGUGUAGAUGGAGCCAUUCAUAGGGCAGCUGGACCAGACCUUCUGCAAGCAUGCUAUAAUGUCCCAGAAGUUAGGCCUGGUGUCCGCUGCCCCACUGGAGAAGCAAGGAUUACGCCAGGUUUUCAGUUGCCUGUCUCUUAUGUGAUUCACACUGUUGGACCCAUCUACGAGACUAAUAGUGAUCCAGAAGCAUUUCUGAAAAGUGCAUACAGCAACAGCUUGAAGGUUGCCAAAGAGAACAACGUUCAAUAUGUUGCAUUUCCAGCCAUAUCUUGUGGUGUCUAUGGAUACCCUUAUGAAGAAGCUGCUACAAUUUCUAUAUCCACUGUUAAGGAAUUCGCAAAUGACUUUAAAGAGGUGCACUUUGUUCUGUACAAUGAAGAUAUAUACAAUGUUUGGUUGAAGAAGGCAAAUGAAUUGCUUCAAUCAUCAAUAUGAAUGCCUCUUAUCUGUUCUGUACAUAUAUAGCUCAGCUGUUCGUGCAUUGGAUCUAAAGGUGGGAUUUGUAUUCUGCAAUAUAGAAUUGAUGUAAUAAGCAACAUGUUGUGCUUGCAAAAAUAGAGAAACACAUUUGGAGUGAUAUCCGUAUUUGUUUCCUUUGUGAGACAUUCUAUAUACGAAAACCUUCUUGUAACAGUUAAACAAAACUGCAUUUCAUGAACUUAGUGCAUUUAACCAUCAAGUUAAUCUUAA